GCAUUGACAGGAAGUAAAGUUCGACGAUAUCUGAGCUCUCUAAAUCAUCAUUUUAGCAACAACAGUAUCCUGAAAUCCGAAUUGAGAAUUUUAAAAACUCUUGAUCACUGUCUUCCAGUUUAUUCUCCGCUUACAUAUGUUGAAACUGUUCUGGAAAUCUUAGGUUUGUAGUUAAUUAAUGUAUGUAAGUAAGUGGGGUGUGUGCUAAUCAUCCUUAAUUGCAGCUGAGAGUUGAGUUGAGCAGCUCAACCAGAUCGAGUCAAACUAUAUUGAAACCGAAUUUUAACCAGAACGCAGACCAGGUGGCUUAUAGCCCCUUGAGACCCAUUCACUGCUCAGAGUUUUGCAAAUAUUUACACUUUACUUUAUAUCUUAUGUUUACGCGUGUAGAGUCUCAAAACUACAAGCUCUUAAAGCCUAUCUUCCACUAGGCGGAAUUUUGCGCGCGGAGCGGAAUUUUUCUUUGUCUUGUGAUUUCUCGGGUGGAACUAAUUAGAAAAGACAAAGAAAGAUUCCGCUCGGCGCGCAAAAUUCCGCCUAGUGGAAAACCGGCUUUAAGCUUUACAAGCUCUUAAUAGGCGGAAUUUUCCGCGCGGAGAAGCGCGGAGCGGAACAGUUUUUCUUGAUCUUGUGAUUUCUCGGGUGGAACUAAACUAAUUAGAAAAGACAAAGAAAAAUUCCGCUCGAUGCGCGCGCAAAAUUCCGCCUAAUGAAAACCAAGGAUAAAUGUUCAUUUUGGUUUCUUAGCUUACUCUUCCAACCUCUAGGUUUCAAUGCAGGAACACAAGUGAAAUUUCUACAUGAGAUCAGUAUAAAACUACUAGAUCUCGUCUACAUCUUACACGAGGAGAUCUAUACAAAGCUACUGUUGGUCGCCACUGGCGAAACAUACAGAUCUGUGAAUCAUAGACAUAAGUUGGCUGUACUGGCCUCGGAUUUUAUGUUAUUGGCAAGUGCUGUUAUUGCUGCUGCGGCGUUUGUCCUGGAUGAACAAUCUAGUGAUGGGGUAUGUUUAGAAUCAGUUGAAGAUUUCCGGGCAUCUCGCUCGAUGGAAAUUUCGGGGCCGGUCAAGGGUCGGCACGAAGCUCUAGGAAGAUGUUCUGUGAUUGGUUGAUUAUGACAAUGAUUGGUGAUUGGUCUAUAGUUGAAAUGGUGAAGUCCAAAUCUUCACAAGUAAGAUCUCACAUGAGCUUUUUUUAAUCUUACAGAUUGUCUCUCACUUGUCAAACAUCACACAGAUACCAGAAGCUGAUAUCCUGGAUUUUGCUACGAUCGUUGUUGAGAAAGCUAUUCAAUGA